CGACGUCUUAAUCUGCAUUCGGUUCCGAGCUUCGGAACUGCAGCUAAAACUGCAGCUGCCCGAACUUCAGCAGCCACACUCUCGCCGAGUGCCGCAAAAAUUCAUCGCGAUGUUGAGUGCGCUGUUGUUUGGCCAAUCGUCCACACACCACUGUUGGCAUCGUGA